GCCUUUCUUACGAGAUAGUGGUGGUGUAGCUCAAAUUGCAUGCAUUCAAGAUCGAAUACUCUGUACCCGAGAACAGAAAGUCAUCUGGCCUGAUCACUGGUUUUGUUGCUACAGAACGCCGACUAAUACAAAUUUGGUUGGUAGCACGAUCUUUUUCCAAUUUCACCUGUUACAACGUUAUAAUAUUCUUAUAAAAAAAAAUUCGUCACAAUGGCACGUAGAUAUGACACCCGUACAACAAUCUUCUCACCGGAGGGUCGGCUUUAUCAAGUGGAAUAUGCUAUGGAAGCUAUAAGUCAUGCAGGCACUUGCCUCGGCAUUUUAGCAACCGAUGGCAUCCUACUUGUAGCAGAAAGACGUAACACCAAUAAACUGUUGGAUGAAGUUUACUAUUCUGAGAAAAUUUACAAACUGAACGACGAUAUCAUGUGUUCUGUCGCCGGUAUUACUUCCGAUGCUAACGUAUUAACAAACGAAUUGCGUUUAAUCGCGCAACGUUAUUUGUUGCAAUACGGAGAACCAAUUCCUUGCGAACAACUCGUUUCUUGGCUGUGCGAUCUUAAACAAGCAUAUACGCAGUAUGGUGGCAAGAGGCCCUUUGGCGUUUCUAUCCUGUACAUGGGAUGGGAUAAACAUUACGGAUACCAAUUGUAUCAAUCGGAUCCAAGCGGGAACUACGGCGGUUGGAAAGCCACUUGUAUUGGACAUAAUUCUGCUGCUGCCGUAUCAUCUUUGAAACAGGAAUAUGAUAAUAAUAAUAUUACGUUAAAGGAAGCCAAAGCGUUAGCUAUAAAAGUGCUGUCCAAGACUUUGGAUCUGAAUAAAUUGUCAGGAGACAAGGUGGAGAUGGUUACGCUAACAAGAGAAAAUGGCAAAACCAUCACGAGAAUCCUUCCCAUGGCUGAGGUCGACGCAUUAAUCGCGGAGCACGAUCGUGUAGAAGCGCUUGCUGAACAAGCGAAGAAAGAGAAACAAAAGUUGUAGAAAAUAAGUAUAUGUGUAUCAUGCAUCUCCUCUUAUAUUAUCUUGUUCAAUAAUAUGUAUUAUUUAAAAACUCUGAAUUUUUUUAAUAGCUUUUGAUCCUUACAUUCGAUGUCCUGUUAUACUGCAUAUUGUAUUUUAAAGAUAACAAUAGGCAGAUAUCAGAAAGCAUAGAGUGAUUAUAAAAAUAAACAAGAUUUUCUAUAUAAAA